CAGGCCUAGCCAAUCGGUGGCGGCGGUGGGCGGGCGGCAGAGGCGGUGCGGCGGAGGCGGAGCGGGCGCUGCGGCAGGAGGGAAGAUGGCGGAUGAGGAGAAGCUACCGCCCGGCUGGGAGAAGCGCAUGAGCCGCAGCUCAGGCCGGGUGUACUACUUCAAUCACAUCACUAACGCCAGCCAGUGGGAGCGUCCAAGUGGCAACAGCAGUGGCGGUGGCAAAAAUGGACAGGGGGAACCUACGAGGGUUCGCUGCUCACACCUGCUGGUCAAGCACAGCCAGUCACGGAGGCCUUCGUCCUGGAGGCAGGAGAAGAUUACCCGGACCAAGGAGGAGGCCCUGGAGCUGAUCAACAGCUACAUCCAGAAGAUCAAGUCGGGAGAGGAGGACUUUGAAUCUCUGGCUUCACAGUUCAGUGACUGCAGCUCGGCCAAGGCCAGGGGAGACCUGGGUGCCUUCAGCAGAGGUCAGAUGCAGAAGCCAUUUGAAGAUGCCUCCUUCGCGCUGCGGACGGGGGAGAUGAGCGGGCCCGUGUUCACGGAUUCCGGCAUCCACAUCAUCCUGCGCACGGAGUGAGGGGCAGCUGGGCCGCACACCCCGCUUCCCACCACCAGCACCCGUGGGUGCCCCUCCCUGCUGAUGCCACACAGUAUUUAUUGUUCCCACAAUGGCUGGGAGAGGGGCCCUGUACCUUUAGGGGGCUCCGUGUCUCCCCAGGCUGGGGCUGACCCCGCCAGAUUCCCCUCCCCUUUAGGGAUUGACUUCAGAAGGGCAGUGGGGCGGGGAGGCUCCCAGAGCUCCCAGACCCUGGGGGUGGGGUGACCUGUCCCAAAGGGAAGGCCUAGUUAGCUGAGCUACCCCCUGUGUCCCCCCAGGUCCAGGACGGGGGCAGGAGGGCCUUACGUUGUUUCUGGUUAUGCCAUGUUAUUCUGUGCGGUCGCAAAAAGCGAAUGUUCCAUGUGGGGCCCAGCUGCUCCCACCUUGGGGCCCUCUGAGCAGCAGUGCAGCACCCUCCACACCCUCCAUUAAACCUGGAACCACU